AGAAGGAGGAUGGAAGAGAGCCUAGAGACUGGUCUGGCAGAUGAAAGGGCCCGUAUCGAAGAGUUGAGGACUGCAGCUCCAGGAACUUUUCUGUUGAGGCUACCGGUGAGACCGUCCGGAGUGAUUAUCGCCGGCCGCCCCGAGACAGCUUAGCUAAGCAGCCCACCGCGGUUGUGGCUCACUACGUCGCCCGUACGGUAUCUCCGUCGUCCGCGGGAGUGAACACGCUGCAAUUCCCCCGGAACUGCUUGUUGUCUUGUUAGUAAACGAAAGGUUGGGCUGGCGUUUAUUUUCCACCUGCAGUUUCUUUUUCCCGUCCCUCCUUUAGUCCCAUGUGGACCCCUUUUCUAUCAAUCUUCAACCACUCCGACCGGAGUCUUGCAUAAAUGGCGGAAGUCGAAAACGGCUCUGUCAAUGAGCCCGCUCAAACAUCCCCGGUUGUGCCGCAGGCAGACAACAAGGAUGCGGCUGCUGCUGCUGUAUUGACACAGUCGGACGACAACUCCGUCCCUCACGACAAUCGAACCCUGCCCGCUGAAUCGGAACGUCAACAGAUAGGUACAGAUCAACCCGAAGAAAAUAUUCAGUCAUCUACCGAGCCAGAGUCCACUGCAAACACAGAGUCAGCCGACCAAAUCGCAACUCCGACAGAUGCCGCCGUACCCCAGGAUCCCGAUGUCCAACAUGACUCCGAAUCAAAUCUGAAGGUUGAAGCUCCCGAGAGUCAGCCUGAAGAUUCCGCUACCAAUGUCGAGAAGGAAGCCCCCUCCGAAAGACACGAUGUGGCUUCGAUACCUCCCCGCGAUGAGCUUGGCCCGGAUACAAGAAUGCGCUCGGACUCGAGGUCCACCACUGCCACAGUUGCGACGCACCGCUCUGUGACCCUCAGCUCUACCGUCUUUAUAGUCAGUGCCUUGGAUGCAAUCGGUGCUUCCAAGGAGGCCCGCAGGAGCAAACAACUGGAGGAUGCCGUCAAAAGCGCGCUCAGCAAUGUCAAACAGUCUGACGGCCAGCCGAUUGACCCUGAGGUCAUAUUCCGUCCGCUCCAGCUCGCCACCAAAUCAUUCAGCAUCCCUCUACAGGUCACUGCGCUUGACUGUAUCGGAAAGUUGAUCACCUACUCCUACUUUGCAUUUCCGUCGGCCCAUGAGAGCAAGACCUCCGAGAACGAAGCUACUCCGGAGCAGCCCCCCUUGAUCGAGCGAGCCAUUGAUGCGAUAUGCGAAUGCUUCGAGAAUGAGGCUACACCAGUUGAAAUCCAACAGCAGAUCAUCAAGUCCCUUUUGGCGGCAGUCCUCAAUGACAAGAUUGUGGUACACGGAGCGGGUCUCCUCAAAGCUGUUCGCCAAAUUUACAACAUCUUCAUUUACUCCAAGUCGUCGCAAGAGCAGCAAAUAGCCCAGGGCUCGUUGACGCAGAUGGUCAGCACUGUUUUUGAUAGAGUCAACGUAAGACUUGAGCUGAAGGAGCUGCGGUUACGUGAAGGUGAUAAAGGGCACGGUAGCUCUUCGGACAAUGUUACGCUGGAGGCCGCCGACGCUCCUCAAGAGGAUGAACAUGUGCAUGACGAAGUUCAUGAAGCAAGCUCAGACCACCCUGUCUCGAAAGAGCCAGGGGAGAAGCUCACUCUGCAAAGCUUCGAAUCGAACAAGGAGGUGACCACAGUCAAUGAUAAUGCGCCAACCAUGGUCACCCGCGCCAGGAAUCAGAGGCCGGCCCGAUCUUCUUCGGGGACCUUCACCGAAGAGAGCGACAGCACCGCAGAUGAUGAUGAAGAUGAAAUCUACGUCAAGGAUGCUUUCCUCGUGUUCAGGGCUCUUUGCAAGCUGAGUCACAAAAAUCUGAACCACGAUCAACAGCAGGACCUCAAAUCUCAGAACAUGAGAUCGAAGCUGCUAUCCUUGCAUCUGAUUCAUUACCUCCUUAAUAACCAAGCCAAUGCUUUUGCGUCUCCGCUCUUGACAAUCAAGAACAGCUCAACUAGCUCGGGCACUUCCGAUGCAAUGACAUUUCUGCAAGCCGUCAAACCUCAUCUCUGCCUGAGCCUUAGCCGGAAUGGUUCAAGCUCGGUACCCAGAGUUUACGAGGUGUGCUGUGAGAUUUUUUGGCUCAUGCUGAAACACAUGAGAGUGAUGAUGAAGAAAGAACUUGAGGUUUUCCUGAAGGAGAUUUAUUUGACCAUUCUGGAAAAACGCAAUUCGCCCGCUUUCCAAAAGCAAUACUUCAUGGAGGUUCUCGAGCGAUUGGCCGGUGACCCACGCGCUCUGGUUGAGAUUUACCUCAAUUAUGACUGCGACAGAACAGCAUUAGAGAAUAUUUUCCAAAAUAUCAUCGAGCAGCUGUCGCGUUAUGCGAGCAUUCCUGUUACAGUCACCCAUGCUCAACAGCAGCAAUAUCAGGAACACCACGUCAAAGUCUCAUCCGUGGGAAGUGACUGGCAUCAACGUGGAAGCUUCCCCCCUUCGUUGACCACUGCCAAUGUAGCCAACGUCCCACAACCAAGUCUACAAAAUGUGCCACCCGAGUAUACGCAGAAGAACCAGGCGGUCGUAUGCUUGGUUGAAAUUCUGCAGUCAUUGGACAACUGGGCCUCACAACGUCUAGUCGACCAGUCCGCAUCUAUACCUCACUCGUCUUCUCAGAAAUCGAUCGAUAAUCCCAGAGAUUCGAUUGAUAUGAACACCGCAUCGUUUCUCUCUUCCCCACGGAUUGAGGGUAUUGAGGGUAUCACAACUCCGGUGGCGGAAGACGAUCCAAGCCAAAUUGAAAAGGUCAAACAAAGAAAGACCGCGUUCACCAACGCAGUUCAGCAGUUCAAUUUCAAGGCCAAGCGCGGAAUCAAACUUUUUAUCCAGGAGGGUUUCGUGCGCUCCAGCUCACCCGAAGAUAUUGCUGCCUUCUUGUACCGGAAUGACCGCUUGGACAAGGCCAUGUUAGGAGAGUAUCUCGGUGAAGGAGAUGCGGAGAACAUUGCUAUCAUGCAUGCCUUUGUUGACCAGAUGGACUUCUCCAAGCGACGAUUUGUUGACGCUCUUCGUCAAUUUCUGCAGAAUUUCCGUCUACCGGGAGAGGCGCAAAAGAUCGAUCGCUUUAUGCUGAAGUUUGCUGAGCGCUACGUAACUCAAAACCCUAAUGCUUUUGCCAAUGCGGAUACUGCCUAUGUUCUUGCCUACAGUGUCAUUAUGCUGAACACCGACCAGCACAGUGCAAAGAUUAAGGGUCGCCGUAUGAACAAGGAGGACUUCAUCAAAAACAAUCGGGGCAUCAAUGACAAUCAGGAUCUUCCUGACGAGUAUCUAUGCUCCAUCUUUGACGAGAUUGCACAAAACGAGAUUGUACUGGAUACUGAACGGGAACAUGCCGCAAACCUUGGUAUUCCUACUUCUGCGCCGGCCGGUCUGGCCACCAGAGCUGGACAGGUCUUUGCAACAGUUGGGAGGGAUAUCCAAGGUGAGAAGUAUGCGCAGGCUUCCGAAGAGAUGGCCAACAAGACCGAGCAGCUUUACCGCAGCUUGAUCCGGGCGCAGCGCAAGACAGCGGUCAAGGAGGCACUUUCUCGCUUCAUCCCGGCGACUUCAGUUCGCCAUGUUGGCUCCAUGUUCAAUGUCACCUGGAUGUCAUUUCUGUCUGGCCUAUCUGCCCCAAUGCAAGAUACACAGUACCUAGAACUGAUCAGGCUUUGCAUGGAGGGUAUGAAGCUGGCCAUCCGUAUCAGCUGUGCUUUCGAAUUGGAGACACCUCGGGUUGCGUUCGUGACAGCGCUUGCCAAGUUCACGAACCUGGGUAAUGUCAGGGAAAUGGUAGCGAAGAACGUUGAGGCACUCAAGGCACUGCUUGAUGUUGCUUUGUCCGAGGGAAAUCAUCUCAAGGGUUCUUGGAGAGAAAUCCUCACAUGCGUCAGUCAGCUUGACCGACUCCAGCUCCUCACUGAUGGGGUGGAUGAAGGUUCUCUGCCAGAUGUCUCUCGAGCUCGUAUUGUGCCUCAACCGUCCUCUGAUGGCUCCCGGAAGUCUAUGCAGGCAGCAAGACGCCCUCGUCCUCGGUCAGUGAACGGACCUUCUGCCUUCCGCACCGAAGUUGCCAUGGAAAGUCGCUCUGUCGAGAUGAUUAGGGGAGUUGAUCGCAUUUUCACUAAUACUGCCAACCUUUCACAUGAGGCCAUCAUCGACUUCAUUCGGGCAUUGAGUGAGGUCAGCUGGCAAGAGAUUCAAUCGUCUGGGCAGACCGACUCUCCCAGAACUUACAGUCUGCAAAAGCUGGUAGAGAUCAGUUACUACAACAUGACCCGAGUAAGGAUCGAAUGGUCCAAGAUCUGGGAGGUCCUUGGACAACAUUUCAACCAAGUAGGUUGCCAUUCAAACACGACAGUGGUUUUCUUUGCUCUUGAUUCGCUUCGCCAAUUGUCAAUGCGUUUUAUGGAGAUUGAGGAACUGCCGGGUUUCAAGUUCCAGAAAGACUUCCUGAAGCCGUUCGAACAUGUCAUGGCGAACAGCAGCGCUGUGACUGUUAAAGACAUGAUUCUCCGCUGCCUCAUUCAGAUGAUCCAAGCACGUGGUGACAACAUCCGCUCCGGUUGGAAGACGAUGUUUGGUGUUUUCACAGUAGCUGCUCGGGAGCCCUACGAAGGCAUUGUGAACAUGGCUUUCGAGCAUGUAACUCAAAUUUACAACACUCGCUUCGGCGUCGUCAUAACUCAGGGUGCUUUCCCUGACCUCGUUGUCUGUCUGACAGAGUUCUCCAAGAACUCUAGAUUCCAGAAGAAGUCACUGCAAGCGAUUGAAACCCUCAAGUCAACCGUUUCAAAGAUGCUGAGAACGCCAGAAUGCCCACUUUCUCAUCGCGGAACUUCGUCGGAGGGCGCCCACGAGGACGCCACCAACCUGACGCAACAACUUACCCGCCAGUCGAAGGAAGAGCAGUUCUGGUACCCGAUCUUGAUUGCCUUCCAGGACGUCCUCAUGACCGGUGAUGACCUCGAAGUCCGCUCGCAGGCAUUGACCUACCUCUUUGAGACUCUCAUCCGGCACGGCGGCGAAUUCCCGCAAGAGUUCUGGGAUGUGCUUUGGCGACAACUUCUCUACCCGAUCUUUGUAGUGCUGCAGUCUAAAUCCGAGAUGUCUAAAGUACCAAACCACGAGGAGCUGUCGGUGUGGCUAUCGACAACAAUGAUCCAGGCUCUAAGGAACAUGAUCACGCUAUUCACACACUACUUUGAUGCGCUAGAAUAUAUGCUCGAUCGCAUUCUUGAACUUCUGACGCUCUGCAUCUGUCAAGAAAAUGACACAAUCGCCAGGAUCGGCAGUAACUGCUUGCAGCAGUUGAUACUGCAAAACGUCACGAAGUUCAAGCAGGAGCACUGGAACAAGGUAGUUGGUGCCUUUGUCGAGCUGUUCACAAAGACCACGGCCUACGACUUGUUUACCGCCGCGGCCUCCAUCACUUCCAAGCCCUCCUCCACCCAAGCCAAACCCGCAAACGGUGAGACGCCGACCGGCGAAGACAGCGCAAACGAAUCAGCCGAGACAUCAUCGGUCCAAGAGACCAGCAGUGUCGACCCGUCCAAGAUCAACGGAGCACAGAACGUUGCUUCGGAGCACGAGGAGGGAGACAUGCCCACGGCUUCCAACGCCGCACUGGAAGACUAUCGGCCUCAAACAGAGGCGCAGCAACAACCCGCUGCGGUCACUGUUGCACGACGUCGGUUCUUCAAUCGGAUCAUCACCAACUGCGUCCUGCAGCUGCUCAUGAUCGAGACAGUCCACGAGUUAUUUUCCAAUGACAAGGUCUACUCCCAGAUCCCCAGUAACGAGCUCCUCCGGCUCAUGGGCCUACUGAAGAAGAGCUACCAAUUCGCCAAGAAGUUCAAUGAGGACAAGGAAUUGCGGAUGCAGCUUUGGCGUCAGGGAUUCAUGAAGCAGCCUCCGAACUUGCUCAAGCAAGAAAGCGGUAGUGCCGCCACUUACGUUCACAUUCUCUUCCGCAUGUACCAUGAUGAGAGAGACGAGAGGAAGAGCAGCCGUGCGGAGACCGAAGCCGCUCUCAUCCCACUAUGCGCGGAUAUCAUUCGCAGCUUCGUCCUUCUGGACGAAGAUUCGCAGCAUCGGAACGUCCUCGCCUGGCGCCCGGUCGUGGUGGAUGUCAUCGAGAGCUACACCAACUUCGCCUCGGAGGGGUUCAACAAACACAUCGAGACCUUCUACCCCUUGGCCGUCGACCUGCUGGGCCGCGACAUGAAUCCGGAGGUCCGUCUCGCCGUGCAAUCCCUCUUCCGCCGUGUCGGCGAGGUCAAGCUGGGUCUGCCACCUCGCCCGCAAUCGCCGGCGGGUCAUCGAAACUCCGUCACCAGCCAGUUGUCCCGCAAACAUAGCAGCGGGCGCUGAGUUCUUGCCUGCAGUGCCAGGAGUUUCCCCUUUCGCCCACAACUGAACCAUCCGUCUUGAUACUGCUCUGCGUGUCUGUGCUAUCUUUCUUCUCCCUUCUUCUCCUCUUUCUUCUUCCUCUUCUUCUU